AUGGCCAUUCCUAUAUCGGUACGCAUACCUAGAUCAUCUGGAACGCGCGGCUCGACACGAAGAGGAAAGUAUCAUUUCUCGUUCUUUCUAGCCUCGGUUGGGGUGUCAUUGUGUUUGAUAUUGUCAGCCGGUACCUUCACUACGUCCUUCUCUGAGAGGCUAUGCGCCUUUCCCCUUCUGGCUAGCGCCCACAGCUCACUCCGUGUAGAUAAACACCAUGCAGUAGGUCAAAGCAGCUACAUGGUCUUCGCAUGGAGAAGACUUACCGUAUCGCAGACUGGCGAAUAUGAGAUCUCUCAGUCCGGCCCAUGGUCUGUGAGAGAAUCUUUUCUUGCCACGCUCGUCCUAAAUGCCAUCGUGGUGGUUCCGCUUUUCAUACGCUUGUUCCAAACCACGAUUGGUACCGUGAAUUCAAGAUACAGAUUUAGCAAGGACGAGUCAUAUCAGCUCGAUUCACAGUACAAGUCUGGCUCGCACAUGAACUCGAAGUAUGGCAAGAAAAGGAGAUUUCAUCAUCCGCCAAGUCUCCCGAUAAAGUGGGGUAGCGACGAAAUGAUUACGAUGGAUCAACAAUUGAUGGGACCAGGAGGCGGAGGAAACACAACCAAGGCUGGGAAAGACAAUGUCAGCGAGUUUACCGCGACUGACCACAGGCCAAGCUUUGAAGUCGAUGCGUUGACAGGCCAGUCCAAGAAUAAGACGAAAGUCGGUGAUUCAUCGCGCGUAAGCUCAUCAAACGUAUAUCCUGAAGACAUCACGGUCACACGGGAGUGGGAAGUCGCAACCAAAUGGGAAGGAAGGAAUGCACCAUAA